AUGGAAAAUUUGGGCCUAAGAAGGAGACUUAUGUGCAAUGUGAUUGAUGAGCUAGCGGAACAUAGGCCUGACCAGCUCUUCUGUGUGCAUCCUGUCUCCUCAGACAUUACACAAGGAUGGCGAUAUGUCAGUUUCCAGAUCCUUGCCGAUGCCGUGAACUACAUGGCCCAAUGGAUCGAGAAAGAUAUUGGCCGGAGCUCUCAGUCGGAGUCUCUGGCUUAUAUGGGUGCAAACGAUAUCCGAUAUGCAGCUUUUGUCUUUGCAUGCAUGAAAACGGGACACGCACCGUUGCUAGUCUCUUCACGAAACUCAGAGGCAGCAUUUUUGCACGUCCUCACGGCCAUAAAGUGCUCUAAGUUUGUCUACAGUGAGGAAUUGCAAAGAGAGUCCCAAAGUCUUCAGCGGAAAAACCGCGAUAUGCAAAUUUGGGAGGUACCAAGUCUCUGGCAGAUCUUUGGAAGGAAGGCCAAGUCUUAUCCUUACAAGAAAAGGUUUGCGGAUGUAAAAGACCAAACAGCCGUCAUCAUCCAUAGUUCUGGGACAACUGGUUUCCCCAAGCCGGUUUAUUUGACGCACGGAUACUUCAGUGUCUUUGAUAACAUCCAUUCUAUGCCAGCCCCUGCUGGUAGACAACAAGCAUUCUAUCCCUUGACGACAUCAGGAGAAAAAUUGCUUACAAUGACGCCGUUUUUCCAUGUGAUGGGGUUUGUUUCCAUUAUAUCAUCCAUCUUUCAUGGAAUCCCGUUUGUCCUGAGCCCAGAGAAACCGAUGACUGUGGAUUUGUUAACUCACAUUUUGGACGUUGCGCACCCUCAAAAUGCCAUAUUUCCGCCGUCUGUGAUAGAGGACCUGGCUGCAUCAGACGAGGGUAUGGCGGCUCUAAAGCGCAUUCCAAUCAUAUCCUUCGGUGGUGCACCAUUAUCGCCUGAUGUGGGCAACAAAUUAUGCGAACAUGUGAACCUUCAGUCGGUCAUAGGCUCUAGUGAAGCCGGGGUCAUUGCAUGUCUGCAUAACAAAGAGAGGCAAGACUGGCAGUGGUUCGAAUGGAAUCCGUACUAUGGGAUUCGUAUGGAAUAUGUUGCAGACGGCAUAUACGAGAUGGUGCUCCACAAGGGCACGAGCCGCGAUUUCAUGAUGAUCUUUCACACAUAUCCUGACUGUCAAGAAUAUCAGACCAAGGACCUUUUUGAACGGCAUCCCAACAAGUCGGACCUUUGGAAAUAUACAGGACGACUAGAUGACGUCGUCGUGCUCAGCAACGGCGAGAAAUUUAACCCUAUCGAGAUGGAAAAGAUUAUCGAAGGGCACCCCCUGGUGUCCAGAGCCGUGAUCAUCGGCCAGGGGCGGUUUCAAUCGGCACUGCUGAUUCAACCUGACUGGAAAAGAUGGAGUGAAGGGAAGUCUGAAAACGCUCUCGUGGAUGAGAUAUGGCCAGUCAUCCAGAAGGCAAAUGAGAGUGCGCCGAGCUAUGGUCGAAUUUUGAAAACAAAAAUCGGCCAAGCUUCUCAAGAAAAGCCAUUUCAGCUGACCCCAAAGGGUUCAACCCAACGCCGCCUUGUGGUGAAUGACUACGCGGACGAGAUCGAUGCCCUCUACGCCCGCCCAGACGAGGAAUCCACGGACGGGAUCCUGAAAGGUUCUAGUCUUCAAGACAUAACUAAAUACGUCCAGACUGUUGUAUCGCAACUGCUCUCAGUAGAGCGAAUCGCUGAAGAUAGUGACAUAUUCUCACUUGGUCUGGACUCGCUUAGAACGCUUCAACUCGGGAAAAUUCUGCAGGGUACCCUCCGCUCCCUUCAACUGGGGAAAGGCGGCCCAGAGAUCACCAGGCAGAAGUUGUACUCUUAUCCGUCAGUCCAGCAUCUUUCGGAAUACAUGCAUUGCCUUAUUCAUGGCGGAGGAGCCGAUGAAAUUCUGGGUGCAGAUGCUAAGGAGAUCAGACAAGGGCGAAUCGCCGCCCUCGUCGACAAAUACACCUGGGACCUGCCUGCACGGGAGGCUAGUAACAUGACUUGGGCCAGCCAACAUAUAGUGAUUCUGACAGGCUCGACCGGCUCCUUGGGCAACUAUCUCCUCUAUGAAUUGGCCAAUGACCCUAGCAUCACACACAUAUACUGCCUUAAUCGGUCUGACGACGCUGCGGCGAGACAGGCCCGCAGUUUCAAGGAGAAAGGGCUUGCAAUCCCACCCGAUUUCCACGUCCGCGUCGAGUUCCUCCAGGUUAUGUUCGGUUCCGUGCAUUUUGGUCUUUCCGAACAAAAGUAUAACGAGCUGAGGCAGUCGGUCGAUCUUGUAAUUCACAAUGCGUGGAAGGUCAACUUUAACCAUAGGUUAGAGACGUUUGAAGGCGUUCACAUCAGGGGCGUUCGUCGGCUAGUUGAUUUCAGCCUCCAGAGCAUGCACCAGGCUCAUAUCCACUUUAUUUCUUCCAUAUCCACCGUCGGUGCCUGGCGCGCUCAGCACGGCCCAUCAGUGCUUGAGACCCCGUUCGAGGAUCCUGAUGUGGUACUACGACAGGGCUAUGCUGAGUCCAAGCAUAUUGCGGAGCGCAUUUGUGCCAUAGCUUCCAUUCGCUCCGGUGUGCCGACUAGUGUCUACCGUAUAGGCCAGAUUGGUGGGCCGACCACGAUUUUCGGCCAGUGGAAUUUACAGGAGUGGCUACCGUCGAUCAUCGCGACUUCAAAAACGAUCAAGCAGAUUCCUCAGAGCCUUGGUGAGAUGCAAGUAGACUGGAUUCCGGUGGACAUUACUGCCAAGAUCAUCUUCGACAUCAUCCAAACCCGAAGUGGCGGCAAAGAACGCGAACGCACCAAAGUGCUCCAUCUUGUUAACCCCACAAGUACGACCUGGGCAUCUCUCAUCCCAACCGUUCAAAACCAUUUUGAUGUAGAGGUGGUCGAUCUUCAACGCUGGUUGGCUGCCCUUGAUGCCAUCGCUAACCCCACGGAGGCCGAUUUGGAAAACAAGCCCGCUCUUAAGAUUUUAGAGUUCUACUGGGGACUACUUGAUAAUGCCGGCCGAUGGAUAUGUCCUGUUGAGACAGUCCGAGCUCUUUCCGCCAGCGAAACAAUGCGCCGGCUCGGGCCUGUUGACGCCCCAUUAAUGGAGAACUGGCUCAAGCAGUGGGGCUUUUGA